AGAAAAGGAAACUGAUUGCCCCAAGGCUGCUGUUUUCAUUUCCUCAUGGGAAGAAGAAGCAGAGCAGAGAAGAAGGGUAGACACACAAAGCAUUGAUCCUCUGUCACCAUGGGGAACUGGGUUGAAAAUGAGGGACUCUCCAUCUUUGUCAUUCUAAUAUGGCUGGGGAUGAACGUCUUCCUCUUUGUCUGGUACUACAGAUUCUAUGCGUUGAGAAAGACAUUCUUUUACACUCAAAAACUUCUGGGGAUCGCACUGCCAUUGGCCAGGGCCCCUGCAGCCUGCCUGAAUUUCAACUGCAUGCUGAUUCUGCUGCCAGUCUGUCGAAAUCUGCUCUCCUUCCUCAGGGGUUCCAGUGCGUGCUGCUCGACAAGAAUUCGAAGACAACUGGACAGGAACCUCACCUUUCAUAAAAUGGUGGCAUGGAUGAUUGCACUUCAUACUGCGAUUCAUACUAUUGCACAUCUGUUUAAUGUGGAGUGGUGUGUGGAUGCCCGAUCCAACAAUUCUGAUCCUUAUUCAAUAGCACUCUCUGACCUUGGAGAUAAUCCUAAUGAAACUUACCUCAAUUUUGCUCGAAAGAGAUUCAAGAAUCCUGAAGGAGGCCUAUAUGUGGCUGUGACUCGGUUGGCAGGCAUCACUGGUAUUGUCAUCACACUGUGCCUCAUAUUAAUUAUCACCUCCUCCACCAAAACCAUCCGGAGAUCUUACUUUGAACUGUUUUGGUACACACACCAUCUCUUUGUGAUCUUCUUCAUCGGGCUCGCCAUCCACGGAGCUGAGCGCAUUGUACGUGGGCAGACCCCACAGAGUUUAGACCAACACCAUCACGAAAUUUGUGAGAAAAGGAUCUCAGAAUGGGGAAAAAUAAAGGAAUGCCCAAUCCCACAGUUUUCUGGGAACCCUCCUAUGACUUGGAAAUGGAUUGUUGGUCCCAUGUUUCUGUAUCUCUGUGAGAGGUUGGUACGGUUUUGGCGAUCUCAACAGAAAGUGGUCAUCACCAAGGUGGUCACUCACCCUUUCAAAACCAUCGAGCUACAGAUGAAGAAGAAGGGAUUCAAGAUGGAGGUGGGACAAUACAUUUUCGUCAAGUGCCCCAAGGUGUCCAGGCUGGAGUGGCACCCUUUCACGCUGACCUCCGCCCCUGAGGAAGACUUCUUUAGCAUCCAUAUUCGUAUCGUUGGGGACUGGACAGAAGGACUUUUCAAUGCUUGUGGCUGUGAUAAACAAGAGUUUCAAGAUGCUUGGAAACUACCUAAGAUAGCUGUUGAUGGGCCCUUUGGCACCGCCAGUGAAGACGUGUUCAGUUAUGAGGUGGUGAUGUUGGUGGGAGCAGGGAUCGGGGUCACACCCUUCGCAUCCAUUCUCAAGUCCGUCUGGUACAAAUAUUGCAAUAAUGCCACCAAUCUGAGGCUCAAAAAAAUAUACUUCUACUGGCUCUGCCGGGACACGCACGCCUUUGAGUGGUUUGCCGACUUGCUGCAGCUGCUGGAGACCCAGAUGCUGGAGAGGAAUAACGCCGGCUUCCUCAGCUAUAACAUCUACCUCACCGGCUGGGAUGAGUCUCAGGCCAAUCACUUUGCUGUGCAUCACGAUGAGGAGAAAGACGUGAUCACAGGCCUGAAACAAAAGACCUUGUAUGGACGGCCCAACUGGGAUAAUGAAUUCAAGACAAUUGCGAGUCAACACCCAAAUACCAGAAUAGGAGUUUUCCUCUGCGGACCUGAAGCCUUGGCGGAAACCCUCAAUAAACAGUGCAUCUCCAACUCUGAGUCUGGCCCUCGGGGAGUGCAUUUCAUUUUCAACAAGGAAAACUUCUAACUGGUCUCUUCCACGAGAAAAUCAGUGAGGAUUAUGCUGCCAAGUACCCAACCCAAUAAUGCUAGUUGAUAAUGUAAGUUCCCCCCUUAAAAAGAGAGAGAAAAUGAAGUUACAAUGUGCAGGUUUUCCCUGAAAGGGAUGUCAAAGAUGUCAAAGAUCAUUUGAUAGUGGUAAUUUGCAUUUGUAUGGGGCUUUAUGGUUUUCAGAGCACUUUUACAAACUGUAUUUCAUUUUUCACUCACAGUAAUGCCAGAGAAAGGUAGGACAAGGAUUCCUGGACUCAGUAUUUAGGAUAAAAAAAAUAGGGACUCGAAAUGGUGAAGUAACUUCCUUAACAUUAUGAAGCUUGGACCUAGUGCACGUCGCUCCGGGUUUUGUGGUCUUUCCAUGAUACCAGG